GACCUUCAAAUAAACACCACACUGUGGUAACACUGACGCAUCUUUUCUUUAUAUCGCCACUUAAGAAAACAAAGGUUUACUCUUGUACCAGACCAGUCCAUUUGAAUACUGAAGGAUUGUUUUCUAUACUGAAUUGGUGAAACUACGGCUUUACCAUCACAGGUUUUCCUGUAAUUUUCAUGGUUUUGAAAGUCUCGCGUGUUUAAUGUUUAAGUGUCAGUGAUCAGUAGAUCAGUAUGGAGUUGAUUUCUCUUCCUCUAGUUCUCUUGCUGAUUUUGAACACCCACUCUGAACAAACUAAAGAUAUAAAGCUAACUCUGACUGUGCAGCCACAGACGUCUGUGUUCAUUGGAGACACAGUUACUCUGAUCUGUGAGGUUCAUCAGUCCAAUGGAUGGCAGUUUAUCUUUAUAAACGGUUCAAACGCUGAAUCCACUGAAACUACAGGAGCUAAAAUAAUCAGAUCUGUGCAAGUCUUUGAUGGAGGAGAGUACAAGUGCAGAGCUGGAAGAGGAAACCCUCAGGGUUACACACAAUACAGUGAUCCAGUAACAGUGACAGUACAGAAAAGACCAACACCUCAAGUGUCUGUUGACCCUGCUGAUCAUGUAUUCAGAGGAGAAACUGUCAAUCUCACAUGUGUCAUCAAUGGAGGAGGAGUCAGCAGCUGGCAGUACAGCUGGUAUAAAGAUUCAAUCAUCCAGCAGAAUAAACUUCAGUAUUACACAAUCAGAUCUGUUAGUGAGUCUGACGCAGGUAAAUACACCUGUAGAGGAAAUGAAACCAGUGGAUCACGAUACUCACACAUCAGUAAUGCAGUUACACUGACAGUAUCAGCUUUACCCAGAGCUACAGUGAGAGUAACACCAGACAGAUCUGUGUUCACUGGAGAGACAGUCACUCUGAAGUGUGAGAUAGAGGAUCAGUACAGAUCAUUAAACUGGAGAUAUAGGUGGUAUAAAGGCAGAAAUGCAUCUCAGUCUCAGAUUUACACUGUAAACAGAGACUCUUUCACUAUCAAUGGAGUUACCAGAUCUGAUCAGAAUCAUUUCAGCUGUAGAGCAGAGAUACACGGACGACCACAAACUUCACUAUCAAGCUCUGAUGUUUAUCUUACUGUGAAUGCUUUACCCAGAGUUACAGUGAGAGUAACACCAUACAUUUCUGUGUUCACUGGGGAGACAGUCACUCUGAAGUGUGAGAUAGAGGAUCAGUACAGAUCAUUAAACUGGACAUAUCGGUGGUAUAGAGACACAACUUGGACUUCAGUGUUUGAGGGAAACAUCUACACCAUCAGAUCACCAUCAGAUCAGGAUGAGUUCUGGUGUAGAGGAGAGAGAGAUGGACGACCCUCAUCCUCACAGUACAGUGAUCAUGUGACUCUAUCUGUUAAAGGUGUUUCUCCUUCAGUCUCUCUGAUCAUCAGACCCAACAGAUCUCAACACUUCUCAUCUGAAUCUCUCUCUCUGAGCUGUGAGGAUCACAGUAAAUCUACUGGAUGGACAGUGAGAAGAUACACAGACAAACUGAAACCUUGUUCAUCAUCAGACACGAGAUCUACAGGAACAACAUCUACAUGUACAAUCAGAUCUCUCUACACAUCUGAUACUGGAGUGUACUGGUGUCAGUCUCAAUCUGGAGAGAAACUUCAUCCUGUUAAUAUCUCAGUACACAAUGCUGAUGUGAUUCUGGAGAGUCCUGUUCAUCCUGUGACUGAAGGAGAUCCUCUGACUCUACGCUGUUUAUAUCGAAAUAAAAAAACCUCUAACCUGAGAGCUGAAUUUUAUAAAGAUGGAUCAGUGGUGCAGGGUCAGACUACAGGAGACAUGAUGAUCAUCCCUACAGUCUCAAAGUCACAUGAGGGUUUCUACUACUGUAAACACCCAGAGAGAGGAGAGUCUCCAAAGAGCUGGAUCUCAGUCAGAGGUGAUCUCUCUCCUCUAUAA